UUUUGUAUCCCGGGUGACAUCUGCACACUACGAAACAGCAUUCCACAGCAAAGAGGUAAAAAAAAUAUACAAGGUCAUGACCCAAAAAAAGUUCACAACGGUUCAUGUUGUUGCCACCCGAGGAACAUGCUCUGCAACUGCACCUUCCUGGGUUUAAAUCUUCUCCAAUAAAACAAUUUGUUGAUUUCUGACAAAAUUGUUACUGUGUUUGUGAGAUUGCUGCCUUGUUCGCUGGCAGGUGACCAGCUGUCCUUUGUUGUCCCUUUACUAUUCUUGACCCAAAAAAAACCCGAAACACUUGGCUACUCCGGUGUCUGUCAUUUUAUCAGCACGUCAGUGCUUCAGUUGCCUCGAGCGUUUUGCCUGUAAAAUCUACAACUGCUGCUCCACUGCAGAGCUAACUGAUGCAAAUGACCAAAUGUGUGCAUGCUCUUGAGAAUAUUUAGACCAGGAGAAGGCAUUGAAUUUCAUGUUUCCCAUCCCUCACUGUCUUUGAGGGUUACUUUCAGCUGGUCUCACAUAAAUGGUGGAAACAGUCCCACAUUUGUUUUUUCUGUUAAGUUGCUUCUUGGCACGCAGAACCGUUCUCUCUGACAGCCAGAGACACAGCUAGCAGCAGGUUGAGGCUAGGUGUGCCAGCUAAUUUCAGUGAGGAAUGCAAACAAUGCUAAGAAGUUAUCCGAAGAAAAUGGAAGGACAAGUAAAGAGUCUCGAUCCAAAAGAAUGUAUCCACCUUUUUGAGGAAAAUGUUGGUUAAAGUUAAAAGGUACCUACUUGCUUAGAAGAAGAUGGGAUUCCAUUAUAUUAAACGAUAAUCUUAAAUUGCUCUGGAGGAUCAGCUGCAGACUCGGAAAACGUGCAAUGAAUCGUAGUGCAGUUACAGCAUUCAGCAUUUUAUUAUGAAUCUCCCCUGAAUGUAGAAAGCUUGUUUUUCUGCAAUGUGACAAGUGCCUGACAAAGAAAAAUGCCCAAUUAAAGUUUGAAAAUGUCAAGGCAUGCAUUAAGUUUUCUAAGUGUCGCCUCCAGUCUGGUUUCGGAGGAUGUGUUUAGGGUGCACUGCAGCCCUGUCGGUGGCCAUGGCAACCAUUGAGUAUGGCAGACAGCGAGGACCUAAGGGCCCGGCUUUGAGUCUACCAUCACAGACAGCAGUAACGCUCAGAAUAGACUCAAUACACAUGAGUACAGAGGCUGAGCAGAAGUGGGUUAGCCCACAUGUGGAGGAGAAACUAAAAUCUAGGCUGACCUCCCUCACCCUCCCCGGAGGGGAAAGAGUAAAGACAAUAUCCUCAUGGAUCGAUAACGUCUGAGAUCAUCAUUAUGUAGCGAGGUUCAAAGUGCAGCUCAGUCUUCCAAUAUGAUCAUGUCUGUCUCUUACUAAAUCAUGUUUCGGUUGGCAAAGAUAAGUUAUAGUUAUGUGGUAAUGCAGUUUAGAGCAGGGACUGUUUUGAAAACUUGAGAAUUUGGUGUAUUUAUUGCUCAGAAGACUUGAGCAUGCUGUUUCUUUAAAGCUAUUUAUUGGGCAGUGGAUUUUUCUAUUAGACAGAUGAGAGCUGACAAGAAAUGUGUUACAGAGAGAGAGAGAGAGGAGAAUUGACAUGUAACAGAGGUCCCUGGUCAGAGGGGGGCGCUGGGCAAGGAAGGGGCCGAGCAAAUCGAUGCGCUGCGCUCAGCUUUACAGUGAAGCAACCGUGCAAAACAUUACGUUAGAGAUCUUUUAUGUUAUUGUGAGAAUUGGAGAAAUAUUUUCAGUUUAUUGUGAAACUGCGGCGGGACAAAUUAGACUGGAGGGUCGCCCCAGUUUAGGUCAUCAAUGGGAAACGCUGCAUGUCAUAUUGGUCAUAGCCUAGUGUGGCUAACGUUAGCAGUGCUAGCACCAGCUGCCCUCUUUCCUGCUGAAUGUGGUUACGCAUUGCUCCAGUCGAGUGUUUUAUAUGCCCGUUUAUUCUGACACAGCCUAGAUACAACCUUAUUUUCAUUUUCCAGAUCAAAAUACUGCCAAAAUACGCUGGUUUUACGGAAUGUCGUCUUUCCCACUUUCCACCUUGCUUGUUUACAACACCCGGGCAUUAGUGUGGGGAGAGAGGGGCUGUCGUCUGCCAGGGCUGCACCCCGGCUAGCGGUGGGUGGCCGUGUAACAUCUUGGGUGCAACAGUUAACGGCGUUGUACAUUAAUGAAAUAUUAAUGAUUAGUUUUACCAACUAUUAACCAACAUAUUUCUGGUGCCGAUUCACAAGAGUAGCCAAGUUUAAUCGUUUAGUCGACUAAUCACGCACAUCCCCUAGUGAAAACAGAAUUUUAGAAAUUAAGAAAGAAAAAACUAAAAUAUCACAAUCACAUGAGUAUCCAGACCCAGUCCUACGACACCUGAAAUUAAGCUCAGGUUCCUCUCAUUUCUCUCUCCACACCUUGAUUGGUGUCCACCAGUGGUAUACAAACUGGUUUGACGUGAUAGAACUGGCUGCCUGGCCAAACUGAGCGGUCACGGGAGAAGGGCCUUGGUAAGAGAGGUGACCAAGACCCCGAUGGUCACUUUGGCUGAGCUCCAGACACCCCGUGUGGAGAUGGAAGAAACUUCCAGAAGGACAACCAUCACUGCAGCACUCCGCCGAUCUGGCCCUUAUGGCAGAGUGGCCAGACGGAAGCCUCUCCUCUAUGAAAGACACAUGAACGCCACUUGGAGUUUGAAAAAACGAAAAACAAAAACGCUUUGAGGCUUCUCAGAAUGAAAUAAGAUUCUCUGGUCUGAUCAAACCAAGAUUGAACCGUUUGGCCUCAAUUCUAAGCGGAAAGCUGAACGGAGCAAAGUAGAGAGAUACAGUAUACUUAAUGGAAACCUGGUCCAGAGUGUUCAGGGCCUCAGACUGGGCCGAAGGUUCACCUUCCAACAGGACAAAUGAGCCUAAGCACACAGCCAAGAAAAUGCAGGAGCGGCCUAGGGGACAACUCUGUGAAAGUCCUCAAGUGGUGCAGCCAGAGCCCUGAUUUUAACCCAGUCAAACAUCUCUGGAGAGAAUUUGCAUAAAAUUGCAUAACCAAAGAUCCUUAAUUUGAGGGGAUGGAAAACACUGCUUAUUGCAGCUGUACUUGUGAUUAAAUCAAAAAAAAAGAGAAAAGCUUUAUUUUUACAAUGCAAGGAACAGCUUUAUUAUGUGAAAAUAUCAACAAUGUCAACGUGCCUGUUAACUACAAAACACUGUUGUCCACACACUUGUACUUGCUAUGUAAAACCUGUCAUUACAGACAUAGUGACAGGAGGUUUGGGGUGUGCAGCUGUGUUUUUGUAGUACACGCCAUAAACAGGUGCGUGAGUCCAGAUUUGAGUGUUUUGACCCUGUUUCUGUGUCUCUUUUCUUCGUCUUCCUCCCUCUCUGCCUGUAUCUGUCUGUUUCCCUGUCCUAUAAUACAUUUCUCCCUACUCCCUUAUUUACUGUCCUUGACCAUAGACAUUCAGAAGAAGCAGCCAGGGGAGGACUGCACCUCCAAGCCUAUCCAAAGCACUGGGAGUAGCCAAUCACCCGUUUUCAGUAGCGAGACGAGCAGUAGCAGUAGCCAAUCCCUAUUGUCGUCGCCGCCCUCCAGCUCUGAGCAGCAAUUGACUGAAGAGCCCUCGCCCAUGUUUCCCAGUACAAGGGAAGGUGUGUCGUCCACAGAAACAGCCCAAGGAACACUCUGCACACCCACAAAACGUCCACGAGAAUCAGCCUCGGGCUCAGAGAGUGAGGCCACGCCAGAGAAACGACCUCGGACAGACGAGAAAGAGGGGAGCAGCGAGGAGGCCCGCGGGACGCCCAAGCAGAAGAACCGUCGGCGCUGCUAUCGCUGCCAAACCAAACUAGAGCUGGUGCAGCAGGAACUGGGCUCCUGCCGCUGUGGCUAUGUAUUCUGCAUGCUCCACCGUCUACCCGAGCAGCACGACUGUCUGUUCGACCAUCUGGGCCGCGGGCGCGAGGAGGCCGUCCUCAAGAUGGUGAAGCUGGACCGCAAGGUGGGCCGUUCGUGCCAACGCAUCGGGGAGGAGUGCUCCUGAUUGGCCACACCGUGACCAGCCAUCCAAUUAGAAAUGAGGCGCUUACAAAGAGGAGGAGGAGGAGGAGGAAGAAGUGGAAGAUGAGG